GAGGAGGAGGAGAAGGAAGGCUGCGCUGGCACAGACGUGUGGUUGUGGCCCCCCCCUCCCCCUCAGUGCUGCGGAUGGGGUCGGGGGGGUUCCUCGUGGCAGCUCGAGUGAGCUGUGACAUGGGCACCUUUGGUGGGACCACCUUUGGGGGUGUCACUCCCACUGCUUUAACACCCCCCUUAUGGUGAGUAGGGUGGUGGGGGGAGAUGGCGCUGCCUCUGUGUGCCCCCGAUGCUGUGGGAUGCGGAUCCCAGAGGGCUAUGGAGAGGCUGCAGACCCCCCCCCCCAGCCCCCCCCCCCGGGGGCUCACACAGUGUCUGUGCCUGCAGAGGUGCGGGGGGGGCUCCCGGCCGUUGCAGUCGGCGCGUUCCCUGCCCGGCACCCCGCACUGCCUCAAGCAUUUCCCAGUCGAUCUGCGCACCUCCAUGGACGGCAAAUACAAAGAGAUCGCCGAGGAGCUGUUCUGCCGCUCGCUGGCCGAGAGCGAAAUGCGGACGGCGCCGUAUGAGUUCCCUGAAGAGAGCCCCAUCGAGCAGCUGGAGGAGCGACGGCAGCGCCUGGAGCGCCAGAUCAGCCAGGAUGUCAAGUAAGGGGGUGUUCCC